AUGUGCAAGCCGAAACAUGAAGGAGGGAUGGGAUUUCUGGAAAUGGAGAAGUUCAACAUAGCGCUGCUAGCAAAACAAGGCUGGAGAUUACUUUGCAAUACCAACACCGUAGCAUAUAGUGUUUUAAAGGCAAAAAAUUUUCCAGAUACUUCAGUCUUGGAAUAUGCGCUAGGGAAUAAUCCUUCACUGACGUGGAAAAGCAUUUGGACUUCAUUGGCCAUCAUCAGACAAGGGACACGGUGGAGAAGAGGGGAUGGACAGUCUGUUCGAAUAUGGAAGGAUAAAUGGUUGCCAUUUACACCAACUUUAAUGCCCUAA